GCCAUGUUUCACACUUCAGAAUAAGACUUACAAAAUUCAAUAAUAAAUUCAAAAUCGUAUGCUAACGUUGGCAAUCAUUUGUUCGCGUUUUGGUCUUAAAUUCCAUUUAAAAAUAAUUUAAAUACGGAAAUUAAUGAGCAUAAGGGAAGAUGGUCGGAAAGCUGAAAGUGUGCAUCAUUGGCUCAGAGGGCUGGGGCUCGGCCAUUGCUGCCUCUGUGAGCAACAAUGUUAAGCAGCUGGAGGGCUUUGACAGCCGUGCGCACAUCUAUGUCUAUGACGAGCUGGUUCGCAGCAAAUAUUUGUCGGAGGUGAUGAACAAUUGUCACGAAAAUAUCAAGUAUCUGCCUGGCAUUAGGCUGCCAGAGAAUUUGAUUGCCGUAAAUGAUUUAUUGGCGGCUGCCCAGAAUGCCGAUAUUUUGAUAUUUGCCACGCCACAGCACUUUGUGAAAUCGUAUUGCAACAUAUUGGCCGGCAAGGUGAAGGAGAACGCCAUCGCCCUGUCCAUGGUCAAGGGUCUGGCUCAUGUUUCCGAUGGCGAAAUCGACCUCUACUCGAAUUUGAUUAGCCAGCAGUUGGACAUACCGUGCUACUCGCUGAUGUCUGCCAACAGCGCCAUGGAAAUGGCACAGGGCAAGCUCUGUGAGCUGACCAUUGGGUGCAAUGAUGAGGAUGAUGCACGCCUGCUGACUGAGGUGCUGCAAACAGACAACUGCCGGGUGAUUACCGUUGACGACGUUGAUGGCGUGGAGCUGUGUGGCACGCUGAAGGACAUCAUUGCCCUGGGUGCGGGCUUUGUUGAUGGCCUGAAAUUGGGUGAAAAUGCUCGAGUGGCUUCCCUACAUCUGGGUGUCAAGGAGAUGAUGCGUUUCACAAUGACCUUCUAUCCAAACGCCAAAAUUUCCACAUUCUUUGAGAGCUGCGCUGUGGCCAACUCGGUGGCCUCCACCUAUGUCGAUAAGAAUGUCACCUUUGCCAAGAGUUUCAUCACUUCUGGAAAGACCAUUCAGGAGAUUGAGUCGAAUCUGUUGAAUGGCCGCAAACUGCUCGGCCCCUUGGUGGCCGCCGAGCUGAACACCUUUCUGGAGGAGGAGGACAUGCAGGAUGAAUUUCCCCUCUUUACGGCCAUACACCGAAUCUGCCAGAACGAGGUAGACCCUGAGACAAUACUGGAGACCCUGCGGACUCACCCAGACCUGAGCAGCAGCCUAUCCUUUUCACAAUUCCUUUCGGAUGAGAGCACCACGGAAGAUAGUCUGGAGAAAAUAUUGGAACCUCCGCCCGAACCCAUUUCGGCCUUGGACAAGGCUCUGACUGAGGCAGGCAAAAAGAAGAGCUUUCGGGAAUUGAAAGAGAAUGGCAGCUGGCAUCUGGUUUAUGAUGUAAACAAAGCCAAAAAGCAGACAUCGAUCGAUCCCUGGCAAAUAAAUGAGCGGAAGGGACUACAGAUUAGUGGUUGGCUGGAGUCAAACGAUUCCAACGAACCCAAAAAUGCCUCCGGUACUCAGGGCUCAGGCGAAAACGAAAGCAUUGUCGGCUCCACCUCGGGGUCAGAUGAUUGCCAAGGCAUCGGAUGUACUGAGAAUGCGGAGAAAACCGAGAAGUUGCCUGUGGAUAAAACCUGGCUAAGGGAUCAGCCACCACCAAUGAUAAUUGGGAGCGACGACAAAAGCAACACCGAAACGCCAUUCAAAGAUUCGAAUAUGGCAAAAGUGGACGCUGCGGAGACGAAAGAAUCCUGUGGAGAAUCACCCCAGGCCGCUAAUCUUCAGGUUACCGCAGAAGAUAAGCAGCAGGAACAGGCAGAAGAUGUGAAAAUGUCAGAGUCCAUAGAGGAAAACAAGGCGGUACCCAGGGAACAGCAACAAGACAGCCUGAGGGAAGAAAACUUUGAGAAGUGGAAGCAAGUGGAGGCGGAGGAACGACCAGCGAAACACUCACAGACCGAAGAGAAUAUGUAUCUUAGUGCUGAAGAGCUCAUCAGACGUGAAUUGGAGCACCAUCAGAAAGAGAAUCACGAAAGAGACGCGAUGCCCAACAUGCCGCAGACGCCGGUGCCGGGGCCAAAGCAAACUCCGGCGAAGGCGCCUCCACCAACGCCCAAACGCCAAAAGAUUGCGGAGGGUUCGCCGCAGUUUCAGGCUGCGCCGCGUACGAUUCCACCACCAUCGCCGCAGACACUGCCGCUGACCCCCCAGGAACAGCAGCCACACCGCAAGCACUUGCCCAUCCAAAGCGACGCUCUUGAGCAGCCACCAGCAUCACAUCAAGCGGAUGAAAGUGCCAAAGCAGCGCGUGGCCAGAAAGGAAUCAUAGAAACGCCAGCAGCAACCAGAGAAGCGCACUCACCAAGCGAUCAGCAGGCUACAAACAAGGCAGAGGCUCCAGCAUUUGAAGUGAAAAAGUUGAUGACGCAUUUCUUGAAGAGAGAACAACCAGAAACCACCAAGCAGGUGGAGACUCCACCAAAUGAAGUGAAAAAUCAACGAGAGAGCGCUUAUGAGUUGGUGAAUGAUCCAAGAACCGCAACGAAGGAGCAUAAACCUCUUCCUGAGGACAACGCGCCACCGAUAGAGAAACCUUCUGCCCAGGCAUCACCGAAGGAGCAAAAGCAGCUGAAGGCGGGCGAGAUGACCAAGAAGCUGCGUAGUAUGCUGCGCAGAGAUCAGGAAAAGAAAGUGGGCUACAAGGGUAAGAAUCCCUUCCUCAAGGAGCCAGACUUGCAGUCCCAUCCACCCAUGGAUACCAGUCUCGAGCACGACCUUGCGAGGCGCAGGUCCACCGGGCAACAGUUGCGUCGCACGGUGGUGGUCAAGCCGCCCUUCAAUCCCCCACUCAAUCCUCGUGUGCGCAUACCGCGUCCACCUUUCGAUGGUCGAGAUCGCGAGUACCACACCCUGGCCAUGCCAGCGAUCUGGCUGAAUCUGAAGCAAACACAGACCCAGACCACGAUGAGAGCUAACAACCAGGUGAAGCAGCUGUCCAUGGCGGUGCACAGUCCCCCAAAGUUGCAGCUGCCAUUGGGCCUGCUCCCUCGUUGCUCGGCACUGAACAAACUCCUCUGCGCCGUCCAGAUUGGGUUGCUGGCCACGUUCCUCGCUCGCUGCAGAAAUCGCAACAAGUAGACCAGAACCGAACUGAAUGAUGCCAACGAA